AUGUCUGCGACGCUAUGUCGGACGCGUUUCCCUCGACAUAUCCUACGCGUCGUACAGACUAGGAGAUGCUACUCGACGCCUGCCACCGUGUCCCUGCUCGGGCAGCAGUACCCCAAGGACACGGUGUCGAAUGUGACCUCCGCCAUUGCAGACAAGGUCGGGCGCAACCUCUACAUGAACCCCUCACACCCUCUAGGCAUCCUCCAAACGCUCAUCUCCUCACACUACCACGACUUCAACUCCAUGACCGGCCUCUCGCCCAUCGUCACGCCCGCCAAAAACUUCGACGACCUCGGCUUCCCCGCAGACCACCCCGGCCGCGCCGCGACGGACAGCUACUACAUCAACCGCGACCUCAUGCUCCGCACGCACACGUCCGCGCACGAAGUCGAGGUCUUCGCGCGCCGCGAGCGCCAAUGGCUGCUCUCCGCGGACGUGUACCGGCGCGACGAGAUCGACGCGUCGCACUACCCCGUCUUCCACCAGAUGGAGGGCGCGCGCGUGUUCCCCAUGGACGCCAGCGGGCGCGCAGAGCUCGAGGCGGACAACGCGCGACUCUCGCACCACCUCGCGCACUCGAAUAUCGUGAUCGAGGACGUCCCGCAUAUCACGCCCGCGAACCCGGCGCAGGAGGCGCACGACCCCGAGCUCGCGGAGCUCGUCGCGCGCAACCUGAAGCUGUCGCUGAACAGUUUAAUGUUGACGUUGUUCGCGGGGCGCGCGGGGGCGGACGCGGCGGAGCCGCUGCGCGUGCGCUGGAUCGAGGCGUACUUCCCGUUCACGACGCCGAGCUACGAGGUCGAGGUGUUCUUCCGCGGGAAGUGGCUCGAGAUCCUCGGGUGUGGUGUCGUGCAACAAUUGACUCUGGACCGCGCACAGGUUCCGAAUAGCAUCUCCUGGGCUUUCGGUCUUGGGUUGGAACGCAUUGCUAUGAUCUUGUUCUCGAUACCUGACAUCCGGCUGUUCUGGUCCCAAGACCCGCGCUUCUUGUCUCAGUUCACGGCUGGGCAGAUCUCUACCUUCAAGCCGUACUCAAAAUACCCGGCGUGCUACAAGGACGUGAGCUUCUGGUUGCCGGACACUGGGCUUCACGACAACGACUUCUGCGACCUCGUCCGCGAUGUCGCGGGCGACUUGGUGCAGGAUGUGGUACUGAUCGACUCGUUCACACACCCGAAAACAAAUCGCAGUAGCAAAUGCUAUCGUGUGAAUUACUGCUCUAUGGACAGGUCCCUGUCCAAUGAGGAGGCAAACGCCAUACAUGAGCAGGUCAUUGCGACCCUCAAGAACAAGUUUGGAGUAGAGAUUCGUUGAAUUAAUGGUCGUGAUACUACGUUAAUGGUCUACCACCGCUCCUCCCCUCUGCGCACCUAGCAUAACGCAACACCCUGCCCUAAUCGAUCCGACGACCUCGUCAUGACUGGGUAUCCUGCACGACACCAACCUGCGCGGCGCGCAAGACGCGGUCCUUGAUCAUGUACCCGGUCUUCUGGCAGUCGAAGACGGUUCCGCUCUCCUUCCCUGGAAUGGGCACCUGGUAAAGCGCCUCGUGCAAGUUCGGGUCAAAUUUCUCCCCUACGGGGUCGUACGGCUUGACGUGGUGCUUGAACAGGGUGUUCAGGAGUAACCGCUGUGUCGACUCCACGCCCUCGUAGAGAUCCUUGAGGUACGCCUCCGCGGAUUUCUCAGCGGGAGGAUCUGAGGAGGAUGAUGAUGAUGCGGCGGAGGUGUCGGAGGAUUCCUGAGGAGCGACGACCUCUUUUGGUACCGACUUCAGGGCUAGCGAGAGGACGUCCACGGUCUCGAGAAGGUCCUUGGCGAACUUCGUGAUAGCGAAGUCGCGUGCCUGCUCCUUCUCUCGCGCAGAGUUACGCUGGAGGUUCAGGUAGUCUGCCUGCAGAUACCGUAACCGGCUCAUGCAGUCAGCAACCUUGGUCUCCUCCGCCUUCAGCUUGUGCAGCAAUGAAGUCUCUGGUGAUACCUCGACUUCAUCCUUCUCGUUCUCCUCGCUGUUCUCGGUCUCGGUCUUCUUCGACUGCUCCGCGGACUGUGACUUGUCGUCUGAGUAGUGUCGUGACCUCAUACCGAGCGCGGCUCUCCUCGCGGCCGCGGUGGUAGAGGGGCGCGCGAGUGUGCGCGAGGAUAGCGAGCCGGUGGCCGAGCGGAAGAUCUGGGCAGCUUGUGCGUUGAACAUGGCGGCGAGGGGAGCAGGGGGAGGGCGGCGGUGGACGGCGGAGGGAUGAC